GGCGAAUCUUCACACAACUGAUCUAAACGUCAAGUUGAAACUUCUAAAUCAAAAUGGCGGCUUUGAAGACCCUGCUGAUCCUCGUCGUGUUGGCCGUUGUCAUGGCUACGGCUAUUGCUGUUCGCGUCGGGCCCUGUGACCAAGUGUGCGACCGUAUACCGGCUGAGAGGGACGAAUGCUGCCGUGCCCAUGGUUACAACAGCGCUAGCUGUUCCGGGGGCAGGAUGGACUGUUUCUAGGCGAUGGGUUGGACGCAUACUAAGGACUCCAUUCUGCAGAUACCACCCCAAAAUGAGUUGACCUUCCAGACAAGAGCGCGCCGCAGAAGUCUACCUCCACUCUAUCAAGAUACAAAGAGCUUUCUAUAGCCUUCUGCAGGAGUUCAAGAGGUUUCCUUACUGAACCAUGAAGAUUAUCCUGCAAGAUUUCAAGGGUACGCACAUCUACUUCGAUGCCUUUAUUCUGCAAG